AUGAUGCAGUCUUGGUUUAGCAUUUGCUUAGUGGCUGGCUUCGCGCGCAAGAGCCUCCUGCUGCACCGCUUUUCUUCUUUUUUUGGGAACGUCGCCUUUUGGUCGCCUAAAGUCGCCCGUGAAAGCACAAAAUGUUAUCUGAGGCACAAAGAAGCGACGCUUGCCCAUAGAAGCAGUUCCUCAGCGGCUUUUCCCAGCCUUAGACGGCAUCACGAGGAGCAUCAUGCUGUCCCGACUAGCAAAGCACAUAGCGCUCGGAGCCGGCUGGCUUGGCUGUGCCCAGAACUUCGUGGCAAGUUGCAGCUUGAGGCAGCUGGUGUGGCUGGCAGCCACAGUACUGCUGGCCACAUUACUGUUGGCUUGGGCAUGUGCUCUCACCUUUCGCGUUUGAUGCUUUGCCUUGCCGCAUCUUCCUAA